AUGGCCUACGAUCAAAGAGCAAAGAGGAGAAAGACUGACGACGACAGCUAUGUCGACGCCUCAUUCCCCUCAGAGGGCGGUAGUGGCCGCAAGUGGACAAUCUCCAUUGCGAUUCCCAGCAGUGUUCUCGCAGAUGCCCUGACUGCCGAGCGCCGCAACUCCGUCGCCGGCCGCAUCGCCCGCGCCCUCGCCGUCUUCUCCGUCGACGAGAUUGUAAUCUUCGAUGACAGCCCGACCGAGUCCCGCCCCAAGAGCGUCGACACAAAGGCCUACACCGGCGACAUCGACCCUUGCCACUUCCUCGAGCACCUCCUGGGCUACCUCGAGGUCCCGCCCUUCAUGCGCAAGAUGCUCUUCCCGCUGCACCCGAACCUGCGCCUCGCCAGUCAGCUCCCCUCCCUCGAGAUGCCGCACCACCCGAACCCGGCCGAAUGGCUGCCGUACCGCGAAGGCGUCGCCGGCAAGGGAACGCCCAGAGGCACCAUGAUCGACAUCGGCCUCAAGGACCAGGUCCUCAUCGAGGACGAGGUGCCCCCCAACACCCGCGUGACGCUAUACCACCCGGACCAGCGAUCGCAAAAAGCCGAGGCUUGUGACCCGUCGGCGCCGAGGGAGGAGGGCGGUUUCUACUGGGGGUACCAGGUCCGGCGCGCCAACUCGCUGACGGCGCUGUUCACGGAGUGCAAGUACGAGGGCGGCUACGACGUCAGCAUCGGCACGUCGGAGCGCGGACGCACGCUCUCCCAGGCGUUCCCCAGUGCGGCGCCCCUGGAGUUCAAGCAUCUUCUCAUCGCCUUUGGCGGACCCAGAGGUAUCGAGUAUGCGGCGUUGAACGACAAGGAGCUCGAGGGCAUGGAUAUGGGUCCCUCAAAGGCCAAGGAACUGUUUGACCACUGGGUCAACAUCUUGCCUGGCCAGGGCAGCCGCAACAUCAGGACGGAUGAGGCUCUCUGGGUUGCGCUGACGAGCAUGAGGAGGUUGUGGUACGAAGUCUGA